AUGCCCGAGGAGUACUGUCAACAGACGCUGCUGGGUCAAUUCUCCUCAAUCGUUCUGCCGCAAGAGCUUACGCAACAGGUCAAGAUUGAAGAGUUGAACCUCGACGGCGCACGUUCGAUGACGAUUGUGGGACCCAACGGUGUUGGCAAGACUGCCCUCGCACGAUCGUUUGCUCGUGGUGCAACUACCCAGUGCAUCUGGGCCUAUCGUGGGUGUGGCAACUACAUGAAGAAGCAGCAAACGAAGCCUUAUGAACAAGUUGUGGAGGAGCACCAGCGCCGUGGAGUUGGGUCGACCCUUCUGGAUGAGCUCAGAGUCAGCUGCACGGAAAAACUCGGGCUUGUGGUUCAACGGUUCAACAGUGCGGGCGACCCUGUAGAGCACUCAACUGAUAGUCUGAGCGCGGGCGAGGGCAGCAUCCUGAGCAUCCUGUGCGACGUGGCUCUGGCUCCCAUCGGAGGCCUGGUGAUAAUCGACGAGCCCGAAAUGCACCUCGAGCAGGCCAAGUCUGUGCUGCUGUGCCAGAUCCUUGAGGAACGGCGGCCUGACGUGUUCUUCGUGUACAUCACCCAUCAGCCCGAGAUCGCAGCGCGUCCUGUGUCUCGCUGCAUCAGCGUGACAUUGCCGACACCGGGCAAGGCGAUGUACACCCACGUUGGUGAUGAUCUGAUGAUGAUGAAGUUGGCAGCCAAGCUGCUCAGCAAGCCCGAACGUCACGUUCUCUUCAUCAACGAUCGUGCCCCCCUCGCCGACCAACCGCCGCACGCAACGCAGCACCCGUCGUCGCCCAUCGCGAAGCAGGUCUACGGACCGCUGUUCCGCAACCACUUCACUCUGCGCACGGUGCACACGACGAACCACGACGAAGAUGACGUGAUCGAGACCACCAAGCGGACGAAGGCGCAGCUGUCUGGGCUCGAUGCCACCGUGGUGGCGGGUCUGGUCGACCGGGCCAACCACAGCGCCGACUAUAUCGAGAUGAUGAGCGGCAAGGGCAUCUACCACCUUCAAGUGUGCGAGGCGGAGAAUCUGCUGUGGACGCCCGAGGUGCUGCGUCUCGUGUGCGUCAGCAUCGGCCUGGUGGGCACCUCGGAGCUGGAGAGUGCUGGUGGGCGACGACGCAAGGUGGACGACCUGUACGGCGACAUCGACAGUAUCAAUAGUGACGACUGCACCCCUGUGGACGGCGUGAGCCACGGCCAGCGCAGCAGACACCCGGGACACAGCGCCAAGCGCAUUCGCUACAACCGGAGCCGCUCGGCAUCAUGUCCCUCCGCGGCUGCGGUCGAGCACCAGCCCGAGGAAUUUGAGGCGCUCGCCUCAUCGUCGUCGUCGUCAUCGUCGUCGUCGGCACUGCCGCUAGCGAACACAUCCAAUGACCUGGAAGGGAUGGAGGCCUGCGAGUUCUUCGCCGAGCCCGAGGAAUUUGCGGCGCUCGCCUCCUCGUCAUCGUCGUCAUCAUCGUCGUCAUCGUCGUCAUCGUCGGCGUCGUCGGCACUGCCGCCGGCGAACACAUCCAAUGACCUGAGAGGGAUGGAGGCGGUCCGCGAGUUCUUCGCCGGGCUGUUCGCCUCUCUGCGGCAGGAGAAAGACGACGUCAAAGGCAAAUCGACAUCAUCGGCCUCGAUCUACGACGGGAUGAUCGCCGGCAUCGUCGAGAGGUGGACCGCCUAUCUCCAGCAACAUACCGAGAGCGAGUGGAAGCACGACAAGACGCUCAAGGACGCCAAAGGGAAGGCCAAGCAGCAGAAGGGGAAAGAAAAGUUGGAUGCGACCGCUACGGCGAGCGUGUCCACCAGCAACCCUACGGAGCUUCCAGUCGUGCGCUACUUCCGCGAGGCGUUGCCCGGCAGCCACCAGCACGCAGCAGCGGUCCCCAGGCGCGAGACGGUGGCCGCACGCAUCCGGCGCCACGUCACCGAGCUGAGAGCGAAGAUGGUGCUCAAGGACCACAACACCAACAAGUGGGACGAACUGGCGAAGCUGCAGCAGGCCGAAGUCGCGAAGACACUCGAGGCGAUCAAGAACAUCAAGAUUGACGACGAGGCCGAGGCCGACGAAAUCUACAACUCGCUGAACGCUUGGGCGCAGGAGCUGGUCGACGACAUCGUGGAGAGCGGCGACGUGGAGCGCGCGCUCGAGCAUCUCAGUCACCCGGGCGUGGUGGACAAGCUCAACGAUUUCCUGCGGCAGAAGAAGGGCGCCGCCAGCAGUGAAUUCGACAUUCGGCAGUCCGUCAGAAAGCUGUUGGAAACGAGCGAGGACAUGCGCCAGGCCAUGCUGCUGCGCAUGCCGCCUGCACUGCUGGACGUCAUGCAGGCUGCCGACGACAGACAACCAGUGGCGCGCCCAGUGCUGAGCGCAACCAGGCUGGGUCAGUUGCGUUUCCCUCGCACUGCUACCGAGGUACCGUACUCCGGAGGACAUUCAUUUUUGUACAGCACAGCACAACUCAUCCCAUUCUCUGGUAUACACAGACAAACUGAAUCAGCCGGUCGCUUGCCUCCCACGGAGGCGGUACUUCACGUGUAG